AUGAGGCUUCAUCUCUCUUGGUUACUCUUCCUCCUGCUGAUCUCACUGCCUUCAGGGAACGGUUUGAUUGAAAAUGAUGGGGUGGAAAUUCACACCUGCACUGUGCAAGGUGGCAGGUGUUUCUUCGGCUGCAAGAUAGGAUGGGAAUGGGUCAGCUACUGUCACAGUAUAUUGUCCUGUUGCAUAGAAAUUAAGAAAAACCCCCCACCUCAGAUCUAUGAAACAUGA